AUGUCUAGUGGCCCGCCUCCUUCUCAGCUAUGUCUUCUGUCAGACUUGCCGACACGGCCACACGGCGACAAGGUCAGAUUUCUCGGCUGUGUCACUGCGUACUCGACGCACGCGGCAGUGCUUACGCUAGAGCACGGCUUUCCCAAGGGUUCCGAUGUUGUUGUAUUGGUCGACGUUAAACUCUUGCUCGGUACCAUGACUUCAAGUCAGACGAGCAUCGGCGAAUGGGUGAACGUGAUUGGCUAUCGCACGCCUGCUCCUCCGGGAACGCGGGCCAAAGGGACGACCCGUGAACCACGUAAAGCGGCCGUGCAGGCAUUGAUGCUCUGGUCCGCUGGCCCUCUCAAUCUUCAGCGAUACGAGGCUUCGUUCACAACGGAGUGA